UCAAAGCGGGAACUCUGGGAACGAGCUCUCUCUGCCUCCUUCCCCCGCAGCCGAGACCGCUCUGCCGCCCCUGGAACCGAGAUCGCUCCGUCUUCUGGAGCCCGUCUCCGCGGGGGCAGCUCCCGGGUAAGUCGGGGCCAAGUCUGCCGGUUCCCCGUCCAGCCCCCAACCCCCUUUAUCUUCUGUCGGCCGCCCGUGCCGUUGGAUCUCCUGCUGUUCACCUGGCCUCAUGGUUGGAGUCUCUGCCCUGAGGACAGGGACAGGGCCUUUGUAACUUCUGUGGGACCUCACCCUCUGAAAAUCCCCAGCCUCCUGCCUAGGAAGGGAGAGGAAAGCCCUGUCCCUCUGGGAUCCUUUUCCCUCCCCAGUUCAGUCUGCAGAGGACCAAGGACCGACCCAAGCAGGGAGCCUGGAGCCAGAGGGAAUGGCCCCUGAGAGCCAGAGACCCCUACCCCAGGAGUUGGUGACAUUCAGGGACGUGGCUGUGGACUUCACCCGGGAGGAGUGGGGCCUCUUGGACCGAGCUCAGAAGGAGUUGUACAAGGAGGUCAUGUUGGAGAACGCCCAGAACUUGCUCUCCCUGGGGCUUCCAGUCCCCAGAGAAGAGGUGAUCUCUUAUUUGGAGCAAAGGGAAGCACCCUGGAUGCUGGAGCAAGAAGACCUGAGGACCGGUUGUCCAGAAACAGAGAUCAAACUUGAAAUGAAAGAAGCUACUGCAGAGCUACACCUUUCUCUGGAAGAAACUCACAAGCAUAAAUUCAUGAGUGAUGGUUCUUAUGACUUCACUUGGAGAGAAAUCUAUGAUCAGAAUAUCCAUGUUGGGGAGAAACCUUAUGAAUGUAAUCAUUAUGGUAAAGCCUUCAGGCAGCAGUCAUCCCUCAUUUAUGAUCAGAAAAUUCAUACUGGAGAAAAGCCAUAUGAGUGUCAUGAAUGUGGCAAAGCUUUUAGUGAACCCUCAUCCCUGAUAAUACACCAGAGAAUCCACACUGGAAAGAAAUCUUAUGAAUGUGAUCAAUGUGGAAAGACUUUCAGAUUUAGGAAUGAUAUUGCUGUACAUCAGAGAAUCCACACUGGAGAGAAACCUUACGAAUGUGAUCAAUGUGGAAAGGCUUUUACACAGAAGGGUGGUCUCACUGUACAUCAGAGAACCCACACUGGAGAGAAACGUUAUGAGUGUAAUCAAUGUGGAAAGACUUUCAGAUGUAGCUCCAGUCUUCCUGUACAUCAGAGAAUUCACACUGGAGAGAAACUUUAUGAAUGUAACCAAUGUGGAAAGGCGUUUACACAGAAGGGUGGUCUCACUGUACAUCAGAGAACCCACACUGGAGAGAAACGUUAUGAAUGCAAUCAAUGUGGAAAGACUUUCAGAUAUAGCUCCAGUCUUCCUGUACAUCAGAGAGUCCACACUGGAGAGAAACCUUAUGAAUGUAAUCAAUGUGGAAAAGGUUUCAGAUCUAGCUCCAGCCUUACUCAACAUUGGAGAAUCCAUACUGGGGAGAAACCUUAUGAAUGCAAUCAGUGUGGAAAGACUUUCAUAAAAAGGGCCAGUCUUACUUUACAUGGCAGAAUCCACACUGGAGAGAAACCUUAUGAAUGUAAUCAAUGCGGAAAGACUUUUGGUUGCAGUACUAGGCUUGUUCUACAUGAGAGAAUCCACACUGGUGAGAAGCCUUAUGAAUGUAACCAAUGUGGAAAGGCUUUUACACAAAGGGCCAGUCUUGCUUUACAUGAGAGAAUUCACACAGGGGAGAAACCUUAUAAAUGUUAUCAAUGUGGAAAGGGUUUCAGAUCCAGCACCAAUCUUGCUGUCCAUCAGAGAAUCCACACUGGAGAGAAACCGUAUCAAUGUAAUCAAUGUGGAAAGACAUUUACAGAGAGGAGCAGUUUUACUGUACAUCAGAGAACCCACACUAAAGAGAAACCUUAUAAAUGUGAUCAGUGUGGAAAGGCUUUCACACAAAGGGCUAGCCUUGAUCAUCAUCAAAGAAUCCACACUGGAGAGAAACCUUAUGAAUGCAAUCAAUGUGAAAAGACUUUCAGAUACAGCUCUAGUCUUACUGUACAUCAGAGAAUCCACACUGGAGAAAAACGUUAUGAAUGUAACCAAUGUGGAAAAACCUUUACAGAGAGGAGCAGUUUUAUUGUGCAUCAGAGAACCCACACUGGAGAGAAACCUUUUGCAUGUAAUCAGUGUGGGAAGACAUUCAGAACCAGAUCUGGUCUUGCUGUACAUCAGAGAAACCACACUGGGGAAAAACCUUACAAAUGUAAUCAAUGUGGAAAGGCUUAUCCACAGAGGGCCAGUCUUGAUCAUCAUCAGAGAAUCCACACUGGAGAAAAACCUUAUGAAUGCAAUCAGUGUGGAAAGACUUUCACUUGCCGCUCCAGUCUUACUGUACAUCAGAGAAUCCACACUGGAGAGAAACCUUAUAAGUGUAAUCAAUGUGGAAAGACUUUUAGAUGUAGUUCCAGUCUUCCUGUACAUCAGAGAAUCCACAAUGGAGAGAAACCUUAUGAAUGCAAUCAAUGUAGAAAGACUUUCACUCAGAGGGCUGGUCUUACUGUACAUCAGAGAAUUCACACUGGAGAGAAACCUUAGGAAUACAAUCAUAUAGAAAAAUCUUCCAAAAGACAGAAUCUUGAUCAACAUUACAGAAUCCACCCUGGAAAGAAAAUUUAAAAAUAUAAUCAGUGUGGAAAAUUUUUCAAAUACAGCUCCAAUUUUCCUGUACUUUGGAGAAUUCACACUGGAGAGAAAUCUUAUAAAUGUAACCAGUGUAGAAUGGCUGUAUAUCAAAGGGCUGGUCUUAUUGUAUACCAGAGAAUUCACACUGGAAAGAAAUAUUAGGAAUGUAAUCAAUGUGAAAAGUCUUUCAAAUGCAGCCCCUGUCUUCCUAUACGUUGAAGAAUCCACAAAGGAGAGAAAUCUUAUGAAUGUAACCAAUAUAGAAUGGCUUUGUCCCAGAGAGCUGGUCUUAGUAUACACCAGAGAAUCCACCCUGGGGAGAAACUUUGGGAAAGUAAUCAAUGUAGCCAGGCUUCAGGAAAAAGUCAGCCCUUAUUUCCCCUCAAAGGAUACACAUGUGAUAGAAAUCUUUUUUUAAAUAGUAUUUUAUUUUUUCCAAUUAUAUGUAGAGACAAUUUUUAAUA